UUUCAACCUGCCUCCCCCAAAAAAGCGAUCCACCUCGCGCGAGGCUAUGCUAGAGUUCAGUGGCUGCCAGUGCAACCAGUUCGAGUUUAACUUUCUUGCGUUGCGUACACGUAAGCCGGAUCGAUUGAGGUCGGCUCUUGUAGGACGAGCUUUUGGUUUAGUUGUUUUUCUGCUACAUAUAUGGGAGGAUGGUUUUCCUGUACGGUGCUGCUGCUGCUGCUGACUGUCUGCAAUUCUUUAUUGUUUGAUUUUCAUCCAUUUUCUUUUUCUGGUUGAGUGAAAAAGGGGUCUGAGUUUUCGUGGCCGAACAAGUCGUGCUCUUCUGAAGUCUCUGAUGGAAUUUGGGUGUUGUGACAGUUUGUACGGGCUUCUGAAACAGAUAAGAGUUGCGUGAUAGUGUCUAGUUGAUCACAGAGAAAGAAAGAAGAAAUUUUAUUCAAAUUAGGAGAAAAAUAUUUCUACAUAUUUUUGAUGUGUUAGUGUAUGUGAAAUUAACGGCAUUUUAUCUUCUGAAAUAAAGUUCAACAGUGAAACAGAAGAGGUGGAAAAAGAAUACAGAAAAGUUGAAAUAAAGAAAGUCAAAAUACCUCGUCAUAGGUGCAAGAUUCAACGAGAUCGUCAAGAAGCUGUCGAAAGGGCCAAGUGAAUGUGCCCAAUACAUAUAUGCAUUUGGAGCUAAUUGAGGAGCAAAUAUACUAGCAAAUUGGAUUACCACAAUACGUUUCCCAGUGCAAGAAAAGCUCUCUCGGAGUUCAGCCUAAUUUUGGACGGUGGGCAACCGAUCCUCGUCGUUUUUCCAGUUACAGCACUUGAGUGGAAUACCGGGACCGUGCGCACUCAACUACACAAUCGAUUAAAUCGAAAGUCAAUGUGGCGUCAAGAUGGUCAUAGUUACUCGGGGUGACUACAUAUGGAUCGAGCCCGUAUCUGGACGCGAAUUCGAUGUGGCCAUCGGAGCCCGGGUCAUCUCGGCCGAGGGCCGACGUAUCCAGGUCCGCGAUGACGACGAGAAUGAGCUGUGGCUCACGCCGGAACGACGCAUCAAAGCCAUGCACGCCUCGUCUGUGCAGGGUGUCGAGGAUAUGAUUUCGCUUGGCGACCUGCACGAGGCCGGAAUCCUGAGGAAUCUUUUAAUCCGAUACAAUGACAACUUGAUCUAUACAUACACCGGAUCGAUUCUGGUAGCCGUAAAUCCUUAUCAAAUUCUGCCGAUCUAUACCGCCGAUCAAAUCAAGUUGUACAAGGAGCGUAAAAUUGGAGAACUCCCGCCACAUAUUUUUGCCAUCGGAGAUAACUCGUACGCCCAUAUGCGAAGAUAUGGACAGGAUCAGUGUAUUGUUAUAUCUGGCGAAUCGGGAGCUGGUAAAACGGAGAGUACAAAAUUAAUUCUCCAGUACCUGGCGGCAAUCAGUGGGAAACACUCCUGGAUUGAGCAGCAAAUUCUCGAAGCCAAUCCAAUUCUCGAAGCAUUUGGCAAUGCUAAAACCGUGCGGAACGAUAACUCGUCUCGCUUCGGAAAGUACAUUGAUAUUCACUUCAACCAUGGCGGGGUGAUCGAAGGCGCUAAAAUCGAGCAGUAUCUGCUGGAAAAGUCUCGAAUAGUUUCACAGAAUGCAGAAGAGAGGAAUUAUCAUAUUUUCUACUGUUUGUUGGCUGGAUUGACUCAGGAAGAGAAGCGGAAGCUAAACCUGGGACAUGCCUCCGAUUAUCGCUAUCUCACCGGAGGAGGUUGCAUCAAAUGUGAUGGGAGAAAUGAUGCUGCAGAAUUCGCUGACAUCCGAUCGGCUAUGAAGGUGCUGUGCUUCUCGGACCAUGAAAUUUGGGAGAUUUUAAAGUUACUGGCGGCGCUCUUGCAUACUGGAAACAUCAAGUAUCGAGCAACGGUAAUUGAUAACCUAGACGCCACGGAGAUUCCAGAGCACAUCAAUGUAGAGCGUGUGGCUAGUCUUCUGGAAGUUCCACUACAACCAUUCAUAGAUGCACUCACUCGAAAAACCUUGUUUGCUCACGGUGAAACUGUCGUUUCCACUCUUUCGCGGGACCAAUCUAUGGACGUUCGGGACGCCUUCGUAAAGGGAAUCUACGGGCGAUUGUUUGUUCUUAUCGUUAAAAAGAUUAACCAAGCAAUCUACAAGCCUAAAUCCUCUACUAGAAGCGCUAUUGGAGUGUUGGAUAUAUUCGGUUUCGAAAACUUUGAUCAUAACAGCUUCGAACAGUUCUGUAUUAAUUUCGCAAACGAAAACUUGCAACAGUUCUUUGUUCAGCACAUUUUUAAAUUAGAACAGGAAGAAUACAAUCAUGAAAGCAUUAACUGGCAGCAUAUCGAGUUCGUUGACAAUCAGGAUGCAUUGGAUCUGAUCGCUAUUAAGCAGCUGAACAUAAUGGCACUGAUCGACGAAGAGUCCAAAUUCCCGAAGGGAACUGAUCAAACAAUGUUGGCAAAGCUGCAUAAAACACAUGGCACGCAUCGGAACUAUUUGAAACCUAAGUCAGAUAUCAACACCAGCUUUGGGUUGAAUCAUUUCGCAGGAGUUGUAUUCUAUGAUACUCGUGGUUUCUUGGAGAAAAACCGCGACACUUUCAGCGCUGAUCUACUUCAGUUGAUUUCUAGUUCAAGUAACAGGUUCCUCCAGGCGGUAUUCGCAGAAGACAUAGGUAUGGGGGCUGAAACUCGUAAGCGAACGCCAACGCUCUCUACUCAAUUCAAAAAGAGCUUGGAUUCUUUAAUGAAAACCCUUAGCCAGUGCCAGCCAUUUUUCAUUCGGUGCAUCAAACCAAACGAAUUGAAGAAACCGAUGAUGUUCGAUCGAUCAUUGUGCUGUCGGCAGUUACGUUACUCCGGCAUGAUGGAAACAAUUCGUAUUCGUCGUGCAGGUUAUCCCAUCCGACAUAACUUCAGGGACUUUGUGGAACGAUACCGUUUUCUGAUUAACGGAAUCCCACCUGCUCACAGAACUGAUUGUCGAAUGGCCACUUCCAAGAUUUGUGCGACCGUAUUGGGCCGCUCCGAUUAUCAGCUGGGUCAUACAAAAGUCUUCCUCAAAGACGCCCAUGAUUUAUUUUUGGAACAAGAGCGGGACCGUGUUUUGACACGUAAGAUUCUGAUAUUGCAACGUUCAAUUCGUGGUUGGGUUUAUCGAAGGCGAUUCCUUCGAAUGAGACAAGCGGCCAUCACCAUUCAAAAGUACUGGAAGGGAUACGCACAGCGACAGCGAUACAAAAAGAUGAAAAUCGGUUACAUGCGAUUACAGGCAUUGAUUCGCUCGCGAGUGCUGAGCCACCGUUUCCGGCAUCUUCGCGGUCACAUUGUUCGCCUGCAGGCUAGAAUACGAGGAUACUUGGUUCGUCGAGAGUACGGAAACAAAAUGUGGGCAGUGAUUAAGAUCCAAUCGCACGUCAGACGGAUGAUUGCUAUGAACCGAUAUCAGAAGUUGAAGUUGGAGUACCGGCGACAUCACGAAGCACUUCGGAUGAGACGGAUGGAAGAGGAAGAGUUGAAACAUCAAGGUAAUAAGCGAGCCAAGGAAAUAGCAGAGCAGCAUUAUAGAGAUCGAUUGAACGAAAUCGAGCGGAAAGAUAUGGAACAAGAAUUGGAAGAGCGUCGGCAGGUAGAGGUCAAGAAGAAUAUCAUAAACGAUGCUGCUAGAAAAGCUGAUGAACCGGUGGAUGACAGCAAACUGGUGGAAGCCAUGUUUGAUUUCCUGCCCGACUCUAGCAGUGAAGCCCCAACACCGCACGGAGGUCGCGAAACAUCUGUUUUUAAUGACCUACCAGUUAAUCAAGACAACCACGAAGAUAUUAUCGGGCCAAUUCACCCAAUCUCCGAGGAUGAAGAGGACCUGUCCGAGUUCAAGUUCCAGAAAUUUGCGGCAACUUAUUUCCAGGGCAACAUUACUCAUUACUAUUCUCGGAAACCUCUGAAGCAUCCUCUACUGCCGUUGCACACUCAAGGUGAUCAACUAGCAGCACAAGCACUGUGGAUUACCAUCUUAAGGUUUACUGGAGAUCUCCCAGAGCCUCGAUAUCACACGAUGGAUCGCGACAAUACCUCCGUGAUGUCCAAGGUCACCGCCACACUUGGGCGUAACUUUAUACGAAGUAAAGAAUUUCAGGAAGCGCAGAUGAUGGGAUUGGAUCCAGAAGCAUUCCUCAAACAGAAACCGCGUUCCAUUAGACACAAACUAGUAUCGCUCACUCUGAAGCGCAAGAACAAACUAGGGGAGGACGUUCGACGUCGUCUGCAGGACGAAGAAUACACUGCCGAUAGCUACCAAUCGUGGCUUGAAUCUCGCCCAACCUCUAACCUAGAGAAACUCCAUUUUAUUAUAGGCCAUGGUAUCUUACGAGCGGAAUUGCGUGACGAAAUAUACUGUCAAAUUUGUAAGCAACUCACCAAUAAUCCUUCGAAAUCAUCUCACGCUAGAGGUUGGAUUCUUCUGUCGCUUUGUGUAGGAUGCUUUGCUCCGUCGGAGAAAUUCGUUAAUUACCUGCGAUCAUUUAUCAGAGAAGGUCCUCCAGGAUAUGCUCCCUACUGUGAGGAACGGCUGAAACGAACCUUCAAUAACGGAACUCGAAAUCAACCCCCAUCAUGGCUGGAACUACAAGCAACCAAGUCUAAAAAGCCGAUAAUGCUUCCUAUAACUUUUAUGGAUGGAAAUACUAAGACCCUUCUGGCCGACUCCGCUACUACGGCAAGGGAAUUGUGCAAUCAAUUAUCAGAUAAGAUCGCCCUUAAAGAUCAAUUCGGAUUCUCCCUUUAUAUUGCCCUGUUCGACAAAGUAUCUUCACUGGGAAGUGGUGGUGAUCACGUCAUGGAUGCAAUCUCACAAUGCGAACAGUACGCCAAGGAGCAAGGUGCUCAGGAACGAAACGCACCCUGGCGGUUAUUCUUCCGAAAAGAAAUAUUCGCUCCCUGGCAUAACCCCAUUGAAGAUCAGGUUGCCACCAAUUUAAUCUACCAGCAAGUGGUUCGUGGAGUAAAGUUUGGCGAAUAUCGAUGCGAUAAGGAGGAAGAUCUGGCAAUGAUCGCCGCACAGCAGUACUAUAUCGAGUACAAUACGGACAUGUCAAUGGAUCGGUUGUACACGCUGUUGCCGAAUUUUAUCCCCGAUUAUUGUCUGACGGGAAUCGAGAAGGCGAUUGAUCGUUGGGCUGCCCUAGUGCUGCAAGCUUACAAGAAGAGUUACUACCUGAAGGAUAAGGCACUGCCGUUGAAAGUGAAGGAAGAUGUUGUAGGUUAUGCAAAGUAUAAGUGGCCUCUACUGUUUUCUAGGUUCUACGAGGCUUACAGAAAUUCGGGACCCAACUUGCCUAAAAACGACGUUAUCAUUGCUGUCAACUGGACCGGUGUCUACGUGGUGGACGAUCAAGAGCAAGUUCUGUUGGAGCUUUCUUUCCCCGAAAUAACCGCUGUUUCGAGUCAAAAAACAAACAAGGUUUUCACGCAAACAUUUUCACUAUCCACAGUACGAAAUGAGGAAUUUACCUUCCAAAGCCCAAAUGCGGAAGAUAUUAGAGAUUUGGUGGUUUACUUCCUGGAGGGCUUAAAGAAACGCUCAAAAUUUGUGAUAGCCCUACAAGACUACAAAGCUCCGGGUGAAGGAACAAGCUUCCUCUCAUUCUUAAAAGGUGAUUUGAUAAUUCUGGAAGAUGAAAGCACUGGAGAAUCGGUUCUGAAUUCUGGUUGGUGCAUAGGAUGUUGUGAACGCACCCAGGAACGCGGAGACUUCCCAGCCGAAAUUGUUUAUGUACUACCAACGCUCACGAAACCUCCACCGGACAUUUUGGCACUAUUCAGUGUAGAAGACGCACAUCACGGCAAACGACUGAAUUCAAUCCACUCGAAUGGGGGCACGGAAACUCGUGAACGACCACAUACUCUUGCCGACUAUUCGUUGGAUCACUUUAGACCUCCUCCGAAGCGUACCAUGUCCAAGGCGCUAUCCACCCUGAGUUCGAAACGUGGAGGUGACGAAUUGUGGCGCUACUCCAGAGAUCCAUUAAAACAACCGCUACUGAAAAAGCUACUGGCGAAAGAAGAACUCUCCGAAGAAGCUUGUCUUGCCUUCAUUGCCAUUAUGAAGUACAUGGGGGAUCUCCCAUCGAAACGACCCCGUAUCGGCAACGAAGUUACCGAUCACAUUUACGACGGACCACUCAAGCAUGAAAUCUUGCGAGAUGAAAUCUACUGUCAGCUGAUGAAGCAACUCACUGAUAAUCGGAAUCGCCUCUCGGAGGAGCGUGGAUGGGAGUUGAUGUGGCUUUCCACUGGUUUAUUUGCUUGUAGUCAACAGUUGCUCAAAGAACUUACACUCUUCCUACGAACAAGACGCCAUCCCAUCUCACAAGAUUCACUACAUCGCCUUCAGAAGACCAUUCGGAAUGGUCAACGUAAAUAUCCGCCCCACCAGGUCGAGGUGGAGGCGAUUCAGCACAAAACUACACAAAUCUUCCACAAAGUGUACUUCCCGGACGAUACGGACGAAGCAUUCGAGGUGGACUCAUCCACCCGAGCGAAAGAUUUCUGCCAGAACAUUUCACAGCGACUGAAUCUGCGGUCCAGUGAAGGUUUUAGUUUGUUUGUAAAAAUAGCCGACAAGGUGAUAUCAGUGCCAGAAGGAGACUUCUUCUUCGACUUUGUGCGUCAUCUGACCGAUUGGAUCAAGAAGGCGCGGCCGACGCGGGACGGUUCGAACCCGCAGUUCACGUACCAGGUGUUUUUCAUGAAGAAACUGUGGACAAACACGGUACCAGGGAAGGACAAGAAUGCGGAUCUGAUAUUCCACUACCAUCAGGAGCUGCCGAAGCUAUUACGGGGCUACCACAAAUGCUCGAAGGAGGAAGCGGUGAAGUUGGCCGCGUUGGUGUAUCGGGUGCGGUUUGGCGAGAGCAAACAGGAACUGCAAGCAAUCCCUCAAAUGCUACGCGAACUGGUUCCUUCAGACCUUAUCAAAUUGCAAACAACAAACGACUGGAAACGAUCUAUUGUGGCAGCCUACAAUCAGGACGCUGGUAUGUCCCCAGAGGAUGCUAAAGUAACUUUCCUGAAAAUCGUCUACAGAUGGCCCACAUUCGGGUCGGCAUUCUUUGAGGUGAAGCAAACCACCGAACCAAACUAUCCGGAAAUGUUACUGAUUGCCAUCAACAAGCAUGGCGUUAGUUUGAUUCAUCCAAGCUCAAAAGACAUUCUGGUCACCCACCCAUUCACACGCAUUUCCAACUGGUCAUCCGGUAACACCUACUUCCACAUGACGAUCGGUAAUCUGGUCCGCGGCUCAAAACUGCUCUGCGAAACCUCACUCGGAUACAAGAUGGACGAUCUGCUGACCUCUUACAUUUCACUCAUGCUGACCAAUAUGAACAAACAGCGAACAAUUAGGAUUAAGUGAGCGAGCCUUACUAUACAAUAGACUAGCGAUCGGCAGCAAGCACACAGCAUAGCACAGCUUUAGGGCAAGUUUUGGUUUGUUUUUUAGGAACAAACGGAACAUUAGUUGAUUACUUUCGAGUAUUUAUUCUGUUUGAGCUUUGCUUUUUUUUUUGGUUUUAGCUUGUUGAAAGCAUCAAUAAUAUAUAAAUAGAGAUGUUAGAACAAAUUUUUGGUCAUGCUAAUUUGAGCACACGCGUUAUGAAUGAGUAAUAUAUCAAGCGUCUGCGAGUUGCAUUACAUAGGUACAUACUAUAAAUCACUCACUCUUCACUCUCUAAUAAUAUUGAUGAAAGCAAAUUUGAGUUUAUUUUACAAAAAGUAACAAAAAUGCAGGUUUGAGAAACUAAAUUCUUUUGAAUUUUUUUACAAUGCUAUCAAUUUUAUUUUCAAAAGUAACCCUUUAAGGCCAUUUUAUUUUAUUAGUUUUAUCGUAUCCAGAAAACUCCUCACAACCCCAAAAUGCUUUAAUUUAUUCAACACCUUUCCUUUCUCCCUUCGUUGGUUACAGUCGUGUUAAAUGUAUAGUAAGAGUUUAUUCUUAAGCGAAUAAACAGUUUAGGUAUGUUGGUAGGUGUAGUUUUAACGUAAAUCGUGUUGAAGGCGAAAGUGAAAUGUUCAGCCUUUCAAAGCAGCAGGCAUUAUGAAAGUAUGAAAACGUGCGAACAGGCGAUUUUGCUAGUUUUUGGGUGACUGCUUUCUGCUUGGUUGAGAGCAUGUAUGAAGCUGAGAGGUAUCGUAUGAUUGCUUCACAAUCAGAGUUAAGUGAGACAGUUGAAAUUGAAGGAAUGAAAUAUGUUGUAAGGAAUGUUUUUUCGAGAAAUAAGUUUUUUUGUAGUUUUAUUACUAUUACAUUGUUAUACAUACCUUUAUUGCUACAUACUACAGCUGGUCGAUUAUACAAUACAAUCUACAUAGAGAAAUAUACAUAAACAUGUGUUUUGUUUUUUGUGAA